AAAACCAAGGAAUUGAUAUCCAAUUCAUAUCUUAUCAGUCAGCUAGCUAGCUCCUCAAAAACAAGAAUGAGAGCUCUCAAAGGCAUUGCCGUUUUCUAUUUGUGUGCAGCUUUAGCCCUAAGUAUCUACCCAGGAUCCUCUGCCAAAGCUCCUGGUCUUGAUCCCACCGACUGGCAUGUGCACGUCGUUAACGGUUUCAGUGGGCGAAGAGCACUGGUGGUCCACUGUAAGUCCGACGUCAACGAUCUCGGCACCCAUACUCUUUAUCCUGGUGGCGACUUCAAUUGGAAUUUCCAUGUCAACUUGCCCGGGUCAACGCGUUUCACUUGCGACUUCCAUGCAGACAAACAACACGCUUCAUUUGAUGUGUUUUGGAAGGAGAGUCAACAUAUGUGGCUCCGGACCAGAUGCAAUUGGAAAGCGUGCUUUUGGACUGCGAAAGAUGAUGGGAUUUACCUCAAAAACGUUCCAGAGAAUCAUGACGAGCGUAUUCAUCCAUGGGAAACAUGACUAUGAUAUUGAAAAGGUGGAAAUGUUUAAAUUUGCACUUCGUGUGUCUUAAUAUAUGUUUAAAGAUCGAUUGUAAAGCAAGAUGUCGAAUUUCUAUAUUUAUGAAGAAAUAAAAGAGCAAGUUUAGCCUAAAACAUUGUGUUGAAAUGUAACAAGCU